AUGCCAAGCCAACUUUCACCCCCUCAAUCCUUCACCACCCUCCCCUAUAGCACCACUCCUGUAGCCGACAUCGUCGCAGCCUUCGACCGCGAUGGUGCCGUUAUCCUCUCCGACUUCACAUCUCCCGAGACCAUCAGCACCUUGAACAAAGAGCUUGGCCUCUCGUCCUCCGCAUCUCCAUCAGCCGUCACAGCGUUGGCAUCGAAAUCCCCAACUUUCGUCUAUGACUUCCUCAAGUCUCCCAAGUUGCUCCAAUUCCUUGAUGCCAAACUGCAAAAGACAACGCGAAUAUGGCACGGAGAGGAGCGGUUGAGCAAUACCUCACGGCCACAGCUAAGUGCGACAGUCGUGUUCGACUCAGCACCUGGUUCACAAGCUGAGCCAUUACACCGUCACGACGACAUCUACUUCGCGGAACAUCCGCUGUCCCAGCCUGUUGAGAUAUGGGCACUGUGGUCUGGGAGCCCGGGAGGGAAUACUACUGAGAAUGGCUGCGUGGAAGGAAUAAUUGGGAGUCAUACCUGGGGCGAAGACUGGGACCCCGCAGGACAUGUCCUGGCAUCCACAGAAAUGAAGACGGGCUCUUGCCUUUUGCUCCAUGGUUCGCUCGUCCACAGGGGCGGAGCAAACCAAUCUGGAGUACUAAGAAGGAGUAUUGGUGCCUCUUGGACCCAGGGUCAUUUAAGACAAGAAGAAAAUCAGUAUCUCAACAUUUCGAAAGAGAGGGCUAUGAGUUUGGAUGAACCAACCCAGCGACUCAUAGGCUACAAGAUCAAUGCACCGAUGGGAGGCUGGUACGAGCUCAGGGAUCCUAUCACAUAUCUCGCGAGGCCGGAUGACAAGAUCGAUACCGUACAGCGGGAAUUCAGGGACGAGGAUGUGGUCGGUUGA